UUCAGACCCCAGUGAACUUGUAUAUGAACAAUACAUGUGGGAAUUACGACAGUUCAACCAAAGAAGAACAGAAAAAACAGCUGUUGCUACUUCUACGUGUUAAAAUCCCUGUGAGCCUGAACGAUGGGCACCUCGUUCGUAUCGCCAACGGCAUAGGAGUGGAUGGGAUGCAAUUGGGCGUCAGACUGGGUCUGAAAUGGAAGAGAAUUCAGCAGAUAUGGAGGGAUUAUAGAUUUUCCCUACAAGACAUAAUUGGAAUGCUCUGUGAAUGGAGACAGCAACAAACCUACUACACAAACCAACAAUUUGUAAUGGCUUUGGCAUUGAAGGAUCAAGGACAUAGAGCACUUGCUGAGGAGGUCUUUGGUUUACAGAUCUUCAAAGACCUGCCAUCCACAGCUAGUAGGAGAGAACAUCAAGCUCACCAUAAAUACUAUGGUCACUUGGCUGACAUAGACCUUCUGUUCAUCACCACAAGGCUGAUUGAUGGGAAAGCUUUUUGUAACUGCCUUAGUAUGAACCAUACUGAAUUAUCACAAAUUCAGUGUGAUAAUGCAUCAUCGAUCACAGAUGCAAAUCUAGAAAUGCUAGUGAGAUGGCGAGAUAAGCAAAGAGCUUAUGAAAACCACCUCGAAAAAAUGAGAGAGGCACUGGAUCUCCUUGAAAGAGGAGAUAUCUACACAGAACUGGACAUAUACUAUCAUGAAAUGUUCCACUGCGGAUAGAUUAUGCGACCUGUACUUCUAAACUUAAGAUAUUGGUGCAGUCAAUGGUUGGUGUCUGACAUGAUUACCUUAAAUUAGUUGUUGAUUUCAUUGUUAACUACAACAUCUGGUUCUUUAACAUCCUCUCCAAUUACGCUCUUGGCAAUUUAAAUAAUUUUAUUGAUUUUGUUCAUGUUCAUUUGACUUUAAGUUCAUUUAAGCACGGAUAAACACAUCACCACCGAGCAGCGCCAACGCUACCCAGCACCACUCAUACUUAUAACAAAACUUAUUUACUCAAUGAAAGAUGAUGUCUUAAUAAUGAGAUACUUAAUUUAAAUUGUAAAUAUACUGAAUCUAUGUUAAACCUACUAAAGUAUACUUAAGGUUAACUGUGUUGAUGAGAUUAAAUUUGAU